AUGAGCAGCAAGCGCACUCUUUUAUCGACAUCACCUGAUCAUAAAGAACAUACACCAAAAAAAUACGCGCCGUCCCUAAAUAUGAGUGUAAGCAGUCAUCAAGACGUGUUUACAUGGAGCAAACUAUGCGAAGUCCUGGACGACAAAUUGAAGGGUGUAGCAAAGAAAGAAGAUCUGACGGAUAUCAAACAUGAAAUUGAAGAAUUAAAACAUGAGAAUUCUAAAUUAAAGGAAGACAUAAAGAAAUUAACAAACCGUCUAGAACUAGUUGACCAGAAAUCGAGAACCACAAAUAUCAUGGUACCGCCAGCGAAGUCCAAAGGGUUUUAAAUGCUAGAAGUAACCUUAAGGGACAAGCAAUUUUUAUUCAGAAGGAUUACACUGCAGCUGAACAGUCUAUUAGAUACAAUCUCAGGCAAGUUAGCAAAGUAAUAUCUAAGCAUAAAAAAGAUGUAAAAGUACGGCUUGGUGAAUUUUGUAUCUACAUCAACGAUAAACGCUUUACUUGGUUCAAUGGAAAGAUACGUUCUUCCGCUACAAACGAUGUAAAAUUUCUAGAAGAUAUAUUAGCUGAAUGCGGUUUUAGUUGUGAGGUUGUUUGCAACGAAAACGUAGUAUUAAAUAAAAACGAUAACAAUCCUUAUGUACAAUAGCUAGCUGAUUCGUGCCAUAUAAUAGCUUAUAACGUUUGUAACCUUGAAAAAUCGCUAAAUUUUGGAAACUUUAUAACCUUUUUAAAUAAGUUUGAUAUUUUCUUUUUGUUUGAAACCCAUGUUGUUGCUAAUAAACAAACUUAUUUCUCAUCAUUUUUUCAAAAUUAUUGUCUACACUGGGUUGAAGCAAUUAAAAUACAUAAAUCGGGUCGUGCUAGUGGAGGUUGCCUAUUCGGUUACAAAAGAGAAAUGAAAAAGAAAUACAAGCUAAACUUUACCGAAUGCAAUAGCCAUACAAUGCUAUCUGUGAAUAUUGACGGAAAUUUAUUCCAACUUAUCCCGACCUAUCUGAAUAGUACGAGCUGGAAGAACGAUGCAGAUAAGUUUGUAUCAUUUUUGAGCAGUCUAAAUCCAACCAGCUUCUGUAUUAUGGGAGAUCUAAAUGCAAGAAUAGGUGAACAACAAGUCCUGGACGAAAAUAUAAUCAGGGACCAACCUCAUAUAAAUGUAAUUAGGUGCUCUAAAGAUAAGAAUAUAAAUACACAAGGGAGACGGCUUUUGAAUAUGAUUGAGGACAUAGGUGGUAUUGUGGUAAAUGGAAGGACUUUAGGUGAUUUGGAUGGAAAACUUAGUUUCUUUGGUGUAAUGGGAAGCUCAUUGAUAGAUUACUGCAUUUGCUCAUCUGAUUUGUUGCAAUAUAUUGAGAAUUUUGCAAUACUUGCUAAGCCGUUUUCAGACCACAUGCCCAUCUGUCUCCAGCUUAAAAUCCCAAAGCAUUCUAGCAAUGUGACUAAACAGAAUGAUACUAGAAGACUUUAUUGGAGCGAUAGAAAUAUGACUCAAUACGGGUUAAAUCUGGGUAACACCCCAGUGAAUGGAUACUACCGUGCAGAUAUGUCUGUGGACGACAUGAUCUGCGGUAUAACGCAAAAGAUUAGACAGGCACAUGUCAAAAACACAAACAGGAAAUUUUUUGAGCCUAAACAGCCGUGGUUUGAUUGGACAUGCUUCCGUUUGCGUUCAGUAAUGCGCAGGAACCUUAAAGCGUUUAGGGCUCUCCAUACUGAUGUUAAUAAGAAAAGAUAUUAUUCAUCGAGAACCAAGUUUCAAAGACUAUGCAGUAGGAAGAAAUUGGAAUAUUAUAAUGAGAACCUCAGAAGACUGGACAGAGUAACGAGUAGCAAGGAUUGGUGGAACUUGUCGAAUUCAUUGAAGAAUAGAUCACAAAAUUCAAAAGGAAAUCUUAAUGCUGAUGAUUACAUGGUACAUUUUAAGGCAUUACUACUUAACCGAAAG